AUGCAGACGGACGUAGUACUCGACUUCCCCAUCCACCCGGUUGGCGUCAUGGACAACCAGCAAGAGGAGGGCCUGCGCGCCAAGGAGCCCACGGACGACAUGGCGUCGCAAAAAGAGUGGAGCGACUUUCUCAACUCGAGCGUGCUCGCGCUGUCGCUGGAAGAGCCUGUCGACGAAGACAGCGCGCGGCCCAAGCCCAUCGCGACGGGCACGCCGACGCAGAAGCAGCUCCGCGCUGGCUCGCCGCUCGUGCUGUGCAUGUCGCCGCUGGCGACGAUCCCGCCGAUCCCGUCGAUGGUCAAUAGCCCCGAAGCGACUGCGGCCGUGAACCCGACAUCGUGGCCGUCGUGGAAAAUGUCGAUUCCCACUACCGACGACGUGGACGACGACGACGACGACGACAACGACGGCGACCACAGUCCGCUGGGCAUCCCGCUUUUGAGCGAAAAGCAACACGCGACCGAGAAAGCGCGCCGCAUGCGCGCCAAGUCCUUCUCAGCGAUCUACGCCCACGAGCAUCACGUGGCGGCGUGGAGCACCGAGCGCCACGAUGGCUUGGGCUUGAGCAACAACAGCAUUCCGCCGCCGCUGCCGCACUUGCAGCUGCCGCCGACGCCCUUUCAAGCUGCGCCCAUGCACAUCGAGUGCCACCCGAGCUCGUCGCACAUGCCGCGCCCGCCGUCGAUGGGUAGCCCGUACCACGCGGUGACGCGCAGCCCGAUGCUGCGCCAAAACAUGCGGCAGCCGCCGCUCCCGACAAAGCAACAAGCCGGGAACCAGUACGCCGAGUGGCAGCGCCCCGCCAACGACUUUGCGCCGCCGCUACCACCCGACUCGGGGGCCUACUAUGGCAACGCGACGGCCACCACCAACAACUAUGCCGAGUACAUGCCCGAAGCGUACUACGAGGUGCAGUUCAAGCGUUGCCGCAAGGAUAUCUUUUCCGGUCUUGGCGGCUUCAAGCUCGGCGACUACGUCAAGGUGGAAGGCGAUCGCGGUGAAGACGUGGGCCAUGUCAUCCGCAUGGCGCCGGACGCCAAGACGCUGCGCAGCGACAGCGACAGCAAAGAGCCGGCGCCGAUGAAGCGCGCGCGUCAUGCGUCUCGCAAGCGAGAACGAGCUCACGCUUUUGCGCGAGCAGAGCAAGAAGUGUUGCAAGUCUGCCGCAGCAAGGUGCGCCAGCGCAUGCUACCCAUGAACGUCAUUGACGCCGAGUAUCAAUUUGACCGGCACAAGCUCACGUUCUUCUUCGAAGCGGACCGGCGCAUCGACUUUCGCGAACUCGUGCGCGACCUCUUCGCCAUCUACAAGACGCGCAUCUGGCUCCAGCAGGUCGUCUCGGUGCACAAGAAGGGCAUGGCCCCCGAGUUUGAGCUGGCGGACGGCCACCAUUAG